AUGGGAAUUCCCCCUCAGCGUGAAGUUAACGGGUUUGUUCCCAAGCCCCGUCCCGGUGAACCAAGCUCGUACGGCGCGGUGUCUGCGUAUAGUCAGGAGCUUCUCAUCUCACCCGCGGCUCGCCCUCCAUAUGCACCCUCCCCUUCUCUCUUAGGCUCAAACGAUCCUUUGGGUCGGACAUCUACUCGAGCUCCAGUGAUCAGUUUUGGUUUUGGUGGGAAGGUGGUUACGUGUUUCCACAGCUCUCCUGACCUUAUCACUGGAUUUGAUGUUGCACUCUCGUCUCGUCACUCGACAGAUGUGCGUGUACGUGUGUUGCACAAACUUCUCCCUGAAUUCGCGCUUGAACCUUCUGCCGCUGCUUAUCCUGGCCCUCUGUUUUCUGACCCUGGUACACCUGUCAGUCUUGUGCGCACUGGGGCAGCAUCUCAAGUCAAAACAAAGAAGGCACGCGUCAUCAAGUAUCUGGAGGAUCGGAUUGAUGAGCUGUUGCGUGGGACGAUGUAUAUGUCAGAAGGAACCGAGAAGCAGCGUGCUGAGGGAAAGCUGGUUCUAGUCAAACUGCUCAAGAUCAUGGUAGAGAAUGAUGGUGCACUGUCUGGAAGUACUCACAUUGACUCAGCUGUAAGAAUGGCGCUGCUUCCUCGCAUUGCCACGUCUGAGGGUGGUGAGAGUGGGCCUGGUGCCCUCUCGACAGCAGGUUUUGCUUCUCCUAUGUCCAACGGCCUUGGUAUGAUUCCAGGCUUCAGUGGUGGGCACGCUGGCACGAGCGAGACACCCAUCUCAGUUUCUACGCUCCUUCCAUCCGCAUUAGAUAAGAUACAGGAAUUCCUUGUGAGAGGUGAAAGGAGACAAGCUUAUCACUACGCGCUGGAUGAGAAACUGUGGGCGCAUGCGAUGGUCAUUGCGAGCAGCAUUGACAAGGAGGCUUGGAAGGACGUUGUUAACGAGUUCCUCAAGGGAGAGUUAGGUGUUCAUGAUGCACAGCGGACGGCCUUUGUUGGACGCGGAAAGGAACAAGUACCUCCUCCCAGCAAUGGAAGAGAGUGGCUUCGUGUGAUCUAUAGUCUAUUCUCUGGUCAGGGACCAACUGCUGUCCAGGAACUGAUUCCCACCAGUCUGCUCGCGAGAACAACGGCUACACUGCAAGUCCCUACACCGGCUAUUGCGCACACCACGCCAAUGUCACCUAGUUUUCCUUCGCCAGUGAUGGCAGCACAAAUCCCUGCUAAUGCAUUGUCGAAGUGGCCAGAACUUGUGGCAUCAAUGGUCUCCAGUCCUCUGUCUUCUGAGUGGUCGGCAACCUUGACAGCACUGGGCGACUACCUUGUAUCGCAUCAACAGGUCGAGGCUGCGCAUGCAUGUUACUUGCUAUCUCCUCAGACUUCUCCAAUAGGGGGCAUCGGGAGUCCAUCAGGUCGAAUUGUUCUCGUUGGUUCACGAAAUCCACACGCGUCUCCCGCUUUCUAUAAGGACACUGACCCCAUUAUCCUGUCCGAAAUUGCCGAGUUCGCCUUGUCGCUGAAGAGCGUCCCGAAGGGACAAGAAGCAUUCCACGGUUUGCCGCAUUUACAGGCAUACAAGCUUAUCAGGGCCUCGUAUCUCGCGGAGAUCGGCGAGAUACAGGCAGCCAGCAGAUCUUGCGAGGCAAUCACCGCUGCAAUGACACAUCCAUCACCCUAUCUCAAUUCCGUUGUUAUCGAGCAGUUGAAAGGGUUAGCAGAGCGCUUGAUUGGUACUCCACAAAUGGCAAAGAGCGGAUCUUGGAUAGGCGGAAAGGUGAACAAACCUAGUCUUGAUAGUAUCGGUAGCUGGCUUGAGGGGCGCUUGACGAAGUUCAUCGCUGGAGAAGGGGACGAGCCUCCACCUCAGCCAGCACCGUCCAAGAGUCAGGUGUCAUCCCUAGGACCUUUCUCUCACUUCAGCGAGAUUUCAUCAACUACAACGUCCGCAAGUCCGUCGCCUCCCCCUGGGAUGAUGAACCCGCAUUCAAUGUCCGGUACACCGCCUCCCCGCAGAAGCGGUUCCGCGAUGGCAGUCUCCACUUCUCACUCUCACGUGCCUAUUGAUCGUGCCUCAUCUGCCAUGGAUUACUAUCACCCAACACGGAAGCUGUCACCAGCGCCUCCCUUGACUGCACCUUUGCACCCACCACGAUCAGCUUACCCUUACUCCUCACACGGUUCAGGUAUGAAUGGGCAUUCAACGACAAAUGGCUACGCCCCUGCAUAUGGUACCGAGCCGUUGUCACGAAAGCCUUCGUUGGAGAUGACUGCUGAGGAGGGCUCUGAGCAACAACAACAGGAGACAGGAUGGUGGUCUUCACUCAACAAUUCGGACUCUGGCCCCACACCGACGACAGCCACUUUUCACUCCGUCGAUCAUUUCCGAGGUUCCUCUGAUGGCUUUAUCUCCUUGAUGGAUGACCCCACGUUGACUGCGACUCCUAGCCCAUCCAUGUUGAAUCUCCAGCCGCAACCAAGCUUCGAAGAUGAGGACGAGGACUUGGGCUUUGGCAAUAAUGCAAAUAGACGUGAACGUAAACAAGAAGCAGCUGAGUCUGGGAGUAGCGAAAAAUCUGCCACGCCUGUAGAGGACACCAAGAAAACGGAGGAAAAGAAAGCGACGGCUUCAGCGGCGCCGAGCUCCUGGCUGGGCCGGUUCUGGAAGCGUUCUGAAACAGCCCCUGGUCCUAUCAAGGCCAGUCUUGGGCAAGAAUCGGCUUUCUAUUACGACAAAGAUCUCAAGCGUUGGGUUAAUAAGAAGGCUGGUGCUGAAACCGCACAGCCAGUUGCACCACCCCCACCUCCUUCAAGAGCACAGACAGCCUCACCAGCGCGGGCAAGUGCUCCACUUCCUCACGCCAACGGUGCAAGUUCAGCACCACCGCCAGCCCGAUCUGUUUCAGCUAUUGAUUUGAGCACAUCUCCCACCGCUAAGCCACCCAUGCGGGUGCGUUCGAAUCUUGCUCCCACUGAAGCGACAUCUCUCCCCAACACACCAGCGCCAACGACUCCCAUGACACCGCUUCCACCACCUAGUCGCCCACGCUCGCAAGCCGCCAAACGCAAUGUACGAACCCGCUACGUUGAUGUUUUCCAACAGCAAGAGAAUGCUUCGUAG